AUGCGCUCGCCGGCGAAGCCCUUACCUUACCUUCCAUCUGGACCGGCUGUUCCGGAGAGUGGUGUACCACCAUUAACCCCUCAAGCUCAUGACCACCUCCGAAAAGUGAUAGCACGAGGCGUGGAAGACGAAGACCUGCCAACGUCAUGGGUCUCUCUAGUCUUGCAUGCCGUCUUGGAAAUGGGAAAGACAGUGGCGAGUGAGACUUCUCUCGAAGGUGUGAGACGAAUGAAACUCUUGAAUCGUCGUGUCGUGAGAGACCUAGAGAUUGGAGCGGGUGUGGCGAUCACAGGAGAUCGGCUCGCUGCUCCCGAGGAGUAUCAUUAUCAGGGAAUUCGGCCUCGCUCUCCGUUUCGCUCAAGGGGGGUGGGGGUGAAGGACCACAAUGGCGAAGAGGAUAUUCAGGGGCUCCUUGCAUUACACGAGAGAGUCUCACACUCGGCCGCUUCUUCAUCUUCGCCUUCCAUGCACCAUUUGCUUAUUACUCUUGCUCCCCUGACUGUUUUCUCUCAUUAUUCAUUGGUGGGACGACCGGCGUGCACGUUUCAUGCUAACAGGUUUGAACUUCCUCAAUUUGAGUCCCUUUCGAAGGGUUGGUUCGGGACAGGUGCCGUCGAUAUUACCGGCAUCGAAUCGUGGAAAACACUCUAUCGUCGGAGUCUAAACUCUGGGUCAGAUAUCCGUUUAGAGGAUGUUCAUGUCAUAGGCGGAUGCUUCUCUGUGUCUCACCUUUCAUCAGAAGUCUAUGAUUCGCUGGUCAAAGUUCUGCGUCUCUCCGUAUACACAUAUCUAUCCAUCCUCAUCGAGCUUAGCUUCCUCCGCGACAGUGGUGUCAAGCUCGAAUACGUUUUAUCACCACCCCUUCCCUCCAUUCCUCUGCCUCCUGUCGAACCUAUCCCAAAAGGCCGCCUUCACCUGAUAGCACACACGAAGGAAAUCUCACGGCGGGGGCUAUGGUCUUUCAUCACCAAGAAGACGGCCGACUUUAGGAACUUAAGACCUCGAUCGAUUUUUGCCUCUCGACACUCCAUUACUGACUCUCCACCAUUGCGAACCGCAGAAUUGCCUUCACCAACGAUGGCCCCUCCACCUACAGCUAUAGGAGUCAUACCUGUGUCCAGUAUACAACAUGAGUCGUCUAUAUUUUCUACAUCCCAUUCUGUCAAACCUGAGCCGCCUCCAAUUAUUGUUCGAUUAUCAAAUGAAGAAGGCGAGAGCGAGGCUAAGGUCGGAGGAGAGACUCCUUCCAAGGCACGACACCGCAAACGAUUGACAGGGGCUGAUAAAGUCACUCUAUCGACCAUACUUGGCUGGAAAUCGGAUGGUACAGGAUUUGGAAAUGUUCAUGGGUUCCUAAAACACCAAGCUAUCACUGUGCUCUAUUCCUCCCACAUGUUCAUCAUGAACAGGGUGCAACAGACGUACCGAUAUUAUGAUGAGACUUAUGAGACUCUUGGAGCCUGGAUUCAGGAGGUUUCUUCUCAAGCUCAGGAGAAUCCCCACACCGGAGAGGUGCUGAAGUAUACUUGGUGUCAUAGUACUUUUAUGUUGACGGCCGACGUGCACCGUGCACCGGAGGCUACUCAAGAGGUGGGGCCUGAUGAGGACACGAUUACGACGUAUCUUAGCUGUAAUAUCUGUGACGCAAACACGACCUCCGUGAAGUUGGAGAAUGCUUCAUUAUUACUGGAUUUCGGAAAAUACCUCGAACUGGUCUUCUAUUCGAAGGAAUUGACCAACCUAUCGAUACCCCUGUGCAGCCAUACCUCGACACUGGGCUCAACAUCAGAGUCAUCACACUUAAUGCCACAACUCAACCUGACUCGACAUUACAAGUAUCAUUCCAUAAUUAUAUCGUUCAGGCUAUCAUCCAUUGGAGAAGACAUGUAUAAUGCCCAGAUCCCUCGUACUCAAGUCUUGAAAAGCCUCACAGAAGUGGUGAAGAAGGAACAUCCGUUCUCAUCGUCCUCGCCAUCCUCGUGGGGAGAUACAUGGCUACGGGAGGAACGCGAGAAGAUCCGAUUGGAUAUGACAUUUAUUUGGAAGGCAUUAAAGGACUACCUUUUAUUACUGGAAGAAGAUGUCUUGUCAGGCUUCGGUCAUAAACAAUUACCUACGCCACCUCCUACAGAAUCCCCGGAAGAUAUAACGCCUACACGAAGUAGUAUUCAACCCAGUGGUUCUUCUGAGUCGCCCUCGACAAGUCGUAGCUCACCUGUGGUAUCAAAAUCUUCGAGAGCUAGUUUCACCCUGCCUGGAACAAUUUCAACGUCCGUCUCAACGUCAAGUAUUGCAGGCCUUAAGAGCCUGAUCCACUCGGCGGAGCGUUCCUUGUAUGUGCAACUCUCCGAGAGCAGCAUCGAUAGCCUCAACAAUGUCCGGAGGGCGUUUAUCAGCAGCGCGUCGGAUGCUCAGCAACGGUUGUAUGGUUUGCUGCCGCCAGAUGAAAUUCGAGUCCUUGAUGAGCCGAUGAUUCCGCUUCCAGAGUGGUGGCAAAAGGGCGUGCACUGUUUACCUGAUAGCAGUGUUGUAGUGAGGGAGAACGAUUUGGGUUCGUUGAUCGCGUUCACGCUUCGGUCUCCUGAAUAUCGCUCUGAAGUGCAAGAAAUGAGUCUAAAUUCCAAUUCAUCUGGAGAUCCCCCCACGAUAAUGAAAGCUGUACCGUCUAUUGGGAGGCGUACAUCAUCCUUUACAUGGAAAUCACUCAGCCAUCCGCCAUCGCCUGCGUCCUACCCCGGUUUCCACCUCGAUGGGUCUCUGAAGCACAAGGACUCGGAAUGCUCCUCCAUCUUGGACCCCGAAGACUUCUCGGCCGGCAUUACAAGAAUGGAGAAUCCUCGCGAUGCUUCAUCACUUCUGAGCUUUCCGAGUGUCUUGUUACGCCGACGCUCGCAUGAUGAAUCGGGGGCUUCUUCUAAGUUUGCCACUCUUGGGACAGCCGCGUCGCGAAUCUCGGGCAUCACAUCACCCGCUGCGGCCUGGUCCAAGCCGGAUGUUCGGGUGAGCCUAAAUGUUGGACGGGGCGUAGUAUCUGCAGGUACUGGCAUCAAUGAUUCCUCUGGAACAAAACACCCCGAGAGUAGCGAUAAUCAGACCUCCGAAUCUGUUGCUCGGGUGGAUAGUGCAACACUGUCACCGUCGUCCUCACGUCAUGUCAAGCAGAGGCUUCCGAGCGAACUCUCGACUACCACAAUUAGACCUAAUCAAUCGCCUCCCGAUGCACAAGAGAUUAUCACUCCUCAUUCGAGUGCUGAAGCCCCCACCGCUCCUCUCGCUGAAGAUGCUCCUUAUCGCCUAGCAUUACUUGGGCCGGAUCAGAAUGUGUCAUAUCCGAAGAUUGAUGAACGCCCUCAUCUGAAGUACGAGUUCGUCAUUGGGAGACGUUUGCACAUAUCAUGCACUGUGUACUAUGCGCUUCAGUUUGCUGUGCUGCGCAAACAAUGCGGCGUCGAAGACGCACUGAUUCGGAGCCUUGAAAGGACCGCGGCAUGGGUGGCUGAAGGGGGAAAGAGUCGCUCGACCUUCUUUAAAACGUCAGAUAAUCGCUUCAUCUUGAAGACUAUGGUAUCCUCUUGGAAUGUAGCUGAUUUACCUGCUAUUCUUGAGAUGGCUCCUGCAUACUUUGCUUAUGUCGGCCAAGGUCAUGACAAGACUUCUGCUUUGACAAAACUCCUCGGAUUUUACACCGUCGAGAUCAAAAACCUCGAGACCGGAUUGAUAGAAAAUAAGGCGGACCUCCUCGUGAUGGAGAACCUUUUCUACUCACAAGAUGUGGUGGAGUCUUUUGACCUAAAAGGAAUUAAGGGUCGAAAGAUAAAGGACCUUACGGCUAACGUCCGUACCCUCUUCGAUCAGGAAUGGAUGGAUAAACAACGGCAUUCUCCUCUCUAUCUACAUCCACAGUCAAAACAUGUGCUGCAAGAAUCGCUUAACGCCGAUGUGGACUUCUUGUGCGAGAGCAACGUCAUGGAUUAUUCGCUACUAGUAGGCAUCGACAAGCUUCAUAAGGAACUUACGUGCGGGCUCGUCGACACGUUUGGCACCUAUACCUUUGCGAAGACGCUCGAAUCUAAAGCAAAACAAGGGCUUAAGACAGACAAGGAAAAAGAGAUCACGGUUGUUCCGCCUUCGGAAUAUCGUGCCCGAUUCCUGAAGGCUGUUGACAAAUACUUCCUUUCCGUACCAGACAAAUGGACCAAACCCCUGAAUGGUUUCUUUACGCCAGGGGAAUUCUUCCGCGCAACUCAAGUGCUCUGA